AGAAGAAGAAGACCGCAAAGCGUUAAUCUGGCCCUCAGUGUAAAUCCUCUCGUCGGAUGUUGACUCUCAUCAUCGUCAAACAACUUCAGUCACUCCGCGGUGGGCAGACUGCGUUUCUCACAUAACCAGAGUAAAAGUCCACAGGAGAGUUGUGAGGACAACUGUGUCCAACCCCUUUCCCUGCACAGACAUCGGGCCAGUAUGUCCAGUGAUCCUCCUCCUCCGUACCCUGGAGGCCCCAGUGCCCCACUCAUUGAGGAGAAGAAUGGACAACCAGUAACGGCUCCUAUAAGACAUCCUCCUAUACAGGGACAGCCCUUGCCUCCAGACUAUGGUCCUCCACCCUACGAGGGCCCGCACCCAGGCUUCCUUCCCCCACAUGUUCCUGGAGAAGGGCCCAUGCCUAUGCCAAUGCCUCUACCACAAGGUGGCCCCUACCCACCUCCGCCCGGUCACUUUCCGCACCCGAUGCCAGGACAGAUGGGCCCUGGUCCCAGUCACUUUGUCCACAUGGGAGGUCACACAGCGACCGUCCUGGCUCCUCCAGGAGCAGCCACCACUGUGACCGUACUGCAGGGGGAAAUGUUCCAGACCUCACCGGUGCAGACGGUGUGUCCGCACUGUCAGCAGGCAAUCAUCACCCGCAUCUCCCACGAUGUCGGACUCAUGAACACACUCUUCUGCCUCUUCUGCUUCUUUGUAGGGUGUGACCUCGGCUGCUGCUUGAUUCCCUGUCUGAUUGAUGACCUCAAGGAUGUGACACACACCUGCCCUUACUGUAAGGGCUACAUUUACACAUACAAGCGUAUAUGCUAACCACCGACAGCUGUAUGCUAGAGACAUGUACAUGCACACACAUAAACUCAAAGCUCCUCCUGCUGGUAGUGACAGGCUUUUCCCCCCAUUUUUGCAAAGUGCUGUGUCGCCCUCUUAAAUUGUAAGUGCAGUUUUCUCAUUAGUUCACAGAACAUUUACUGUAUAUAUCUUUAUGGAUAAUUCUUUCCUGAAUAAAAAUGCAUUGAAAUGUAAAAAUCACCGAACUACAGAAGAUGAAGGGCACUUAAACAUCCACAGAGAUGGAUAGAUUGCCGGUGCGUCUGAUCCUGUAUGGAAAUUCGGAGUAAAGGCUUGUGAUGUUACGCAUGUUAAUGGAAAAAAAAACUCUGGAUAGACAGUCUCAGUUAGAGAAAACUGUUAAAAAUGGUCACUUUAUUUGAAUUCAUCUGUGAAUCUUGCUGGGAAGCAAGCGUAUUGAAGUCAAACAUGCUGGGUAAGCUGUCUUGUUUUUUUUCAUAUUUAUUUUAGAUAUUUUAUCCACUAUUUUAACAAUAUUGAGAACUGUGAAUUUUUCUUUUUGUCCGUCUGAUCAUUAUGUUUCAACAGACCCAGUUUUUCCUUUUACCUCUAUCCUAUUUUGAAUGUGAGCAAAUUAACGAACCAUUUUCAGCUUGAUAAACUGAUGUAUUUGCUUGUUUGGGAAUGCCCAAGAUUGAUGUUCCUUGCUAUAUUUAUUAAUCCUCUGGGCUUCAGUCAGUAGUCACAAAAUGCUCCGUGAUUUAUGGUUCUGCCCUCUGUCCAUGAUGUAAUUAAUUUUUAAAUAAAACCAAGGUUUGCACUUUAAGUUGGAAUUAAGUUCCUCCUCUGAUGCUAAUAAUAAAACGAUCAACCUGAGCUUUCAUUAGUCUUUGAGAUUUGAGCACUUAGUGUCAUCUCAUUAGUAAAAACAUGUUGAAUUCAAAUAGACUUCAAAGUUUUACUGUAACUGAUGGAGACACAAAGAAUUACAUCUUGUGUCCAAAAGUAUGUUGGCAAACAAAUGACCGUGGUGGCACCAUCAUCAUCACAUAGCAUUGUUUAGCCUGUAACCCUCCCAAUGUGGCAUCUGCCCUUUAAGAUUACCCACAUUGCUCAGAUGCAUGUUAGUUAAUAAAUACAGAUGUCUUUUGACUAAAUAGUGACCUCUCUGCUAGGAAUACGCUUCAGAUAAAUGAUUGUAUCAGACAUCUUGCAAAAUGUGAUUCCAUAGAGAUUACUAACAAUUUAACAACCAUUGUAUGCCCACCACAGCAUGCCCAAUCUGCCAUUCACCUUCACUCACAAAGUGCAGUUUGUCUGCAUGAGCCACACAUCAAAAACAAACAAUUCUCACUGGCUAAUUCCUUGACUCUAUAUGCAUUUGAUUUUUCUCCGUGAGGCUAGCUAAGCUGUGCAAGAAAGUGAAUUUUGAGUUGAAGGAUUGCAUUAAACUUUUAAUACGAAGUACUGUAUGCCAUUGUUGUGGAUAAUGCUGGUCUGCAUUGCUCUCUAAAUGUCUGUGAUAUGUAUAACUAUGUAAGUCAAAAAUUUGUUUGACUGUUGUAUACAGGUACUAUUUUAUCAAUAAAAAUCAGAACAUGA